AUGGCCGAUGUAGUAGCGGAGCUCGCGGCGGAUACGAGUAUUGAAGGAGAUGCAAAGCCUGAUUUACCGGUUAAAUCGCCGGAACAGUCGACGAAGCAGUUCUCUGUGUAUGAAGCUACUUCGGAAGAGCUUAUAGAACGAUUCAUGGCUCCUAUUAAGAAAGAGUUCUUAUGUCCUCCUCCGAGCCGUUCGGGUAAGCAAAAUGACGGCGACGACGUUAGAGCGCCUCAAUCAUUGGUCCUGGAGAAGAAAUCUAAACGACAACUCAAACGUGAACGACGCGAGAAAUCUGCCAUCAAUCUCUGUCCACAGGUUUCGAGAACAGAAGAUGUUAAUUCUUGUCAGUAUAAAGAGCAGUGUCGGUUUAAUCAUGAUAUUGAAGCUUUCAAGGCUCAGAAACCAGAGGAUAUAGAGGGGCAAUGCCCAUUUGUGGCCUCUGAAAUGAAGUGUGCAUAUGGUUUAUCAUGCAGAUUCUUUGGUACUCACAGAGAUGUUGCUGGUAAUUCAGAUGGGAAGGAAAACUCGGAGAUUAACUUUUUUAACAAAGAUACGCAGAGGCUUUUAUGGAAAAAUAAGAUGACUUUUGUCAAAGCAGAUGCAAAACUCAAGUCCCUCGGUUUGUUGGGGCAUGCCAAAAAAAGCAAUGUUGCAGAAGAAAACAACGCAGAGAAAAAUGAAAAUGGCGUGAAUGGCACUGAAGCUGUCACCUCUGAGCCUACAUCAGAAAUGAUUGAAGAUGUUGAAAUUCCUGGACCAUUAGAAACUGAAGAAGUUCGGCCGAUGAAAAAGGCCAAACCUGAUGAUGAAGAGAAUUUGAAAUCUGUUGAAGUUGGUGGAGUCAAUAACGGCGUGAAAGUGGAAGAGGAAACAGAAAAGAACGGGCAUUCUCGUUCGGAAGCCAAAGUAGAGGAAGAAAAUUGUAUCAAAAUUGUUGAAACUGAUAAUAGUCUAAAGUUGCACCCUCGUGAAAAGAAAAAGCUUAUUGAUUUUAGGGAUAAGUUGUACCUUGCACCCCUAACAACUGUGGGCAAUCUUCCCUUCAGAAGACUUUGCAAAGUGUUGGGAGCAGAUGUGACUUGUGGUGAGAUGGCUAUGUGCACAAAUCUUUUGCAGGGCCAAGCUUCGGAAUGGGCUCUGCUUAGACGGCAUUCAUCAGAAGAUCUGUUUGGUGUUCAGAUUUGCGGUUCGUUUCCUGACACGGUGUCGCGCACAGUUGAGCUUAUAGAUCGAGAGUGCACGGUUGAUUUCAUAGACAUCAACAUGGGCUGCCCAAUAGAUAUGGUUGUUAACAAAAGUGCUGGUUCAGCUCUUCUCAACAAACCAUUACGAAUGAAGAACAUCGUGGAAGUCUCUUCUUCCAUUGUUGAAACGCCUAUCACUAUCAAGGUACGUACGGCAUUCUUUGAGGGUAAGAAUCGGAUAGAUUCAUUAAUUGCAGACAUCGGAAAUUGGGGAGCCACUGCAGUGACAAUUCAUGGACGGUCAAGACAGCAACGUUAUAGCAAGUCUGCGGAUUGGGAUUAUAUAUACCGGUGUACCAGAAACGCUCCCUCUAACCUACAAGUUAUAGGAAAUGGAGAUGUGUACUCUUAUUUAGACUGGAACAAACACAAGUCUGACUGUCCCGAGUUGUCUAGCUGCAUGAUUGCUCGUGGAGCACUGAUCAAGCCUUGGAUAUUUACUGAAAUCAAAGAGCAACGGCACUGGGACAUUACCUCCGGGGAAAGACUUAACAUCUUGAAGGACUUUGUACGAUUUGGUCUUCAACAUUGGGGAUCCGAUACAAAAGGAGUGGAGACAACUAGGCAUUUCUUGCUGGAGUGGCUAAGCUACACGUUUAGGUACAUACCUGUUGGUUUACUUGAUGUGACACCGCAGCAAAUCAAUUGGCGUCCUCCUUCUUACUUUGGUCGUGAUGAUCUUGAGACACUCAUGAUGUCUGAAUCCGCGGGUGACUGGGUGCGGAUAUCGGAAUUGCUACUCGGAAAGGUUCCCGAAGGCUUCACGUUUGCCCCCAAGCACAAAUCCAACGCUUAUGACCGAGCUGAAAACGGCUGA